GGGAGUGAAAGAAAGUGUUUGCAGUAGGAGGCUUGAGCAGCCCGCUUCUUCCUCUCGCCUCUCCGUGUCUCAAAAAUGCAACACGCCGCUUUCUGAUUGCUGGCUUUCUGCACGUAGGAAAAUAAAACCACGGACACUUAUUCCCGGAGAGAAAUAAAAAAAAUGUUCAAGGACACUCCGAAAGAGGUAAAAUCUAAGAGGAUGAUGGCUGCAGAUUCAUUCGCCCUGGAUGUGGCUCUAGUCUCGGCAGCUGUGGUAAUUUGUCUUGCUGCAAUGGUCGCCAUGUGUGGGAUCUGCAAAUGGUGUCAGCGCAAAUUGGGUAAAAGACACAAGAGUUCAUUGGAGGCAGUCAACACACCAGACUCCAACCGAGGCCGCAAUGAGAAGAAAGCUAUCAAUGAUCUUGACAAAGACUUUUGGAAUAACAAUGACAGCACAGUGCAAAAGAAAUGGAGUUCCUACCCUCCAAAGGAGUUCAUUCUAAACAUUUCGCCUUAUGCACCUUAUGGUGACCCACGACUUUCACUCAAUGGCUCUCUCAUGUCCGGUAACAAAGCUUCAGUAGCUGAGAAAGAAACACGCACGGCCGAGAAGCAAACCCGCAGCAACAGCAUGAAGAGCAGCGGAUCUUCCAACAGUAAUCGGGGUGAAGCUGCCAAUGGCAAGGUUGGGAAAGGUGGGCGCUGGCACACAGUCCAGACUCUCCUAGCAUCGGGCAAGCUCAACCAAGCUAACUUGGAUGAGCCGACCUUAUCAGCAGCAUCCACGUUAGAGCACAUAUCUACGCCGCCAGGCGACCAACAGCCGAAAUGCCCACGACCUCGGACGCUGCAGAGGCAGCAGAGCCUCCAGCAGCCGCUGCAGCACCAUAGACCUGCCCAGAGCCAGCCCACCACCAGCCAGAGCCUUGGGCAGCUCCCGUUCCAACAGCAGACAACCUCCGGCAGCAGGUCUCCCUACAGAGCCCAGCACAGGCCAAGCGGUACGGCGGGCUCACGCAAUCGUACAGCUGGAGGCCGCAGCCGCUCCAAUCCUGGGAGCUGGGAUUACGUGAUGGGACAGCUCCGUAAUCGAGGGUUAGAUAUGAAGUCUUUCCUUGAAGGCCGGAUGGUGGUCCUUUCCCUGGUUAUGGGUUUGACAGAACAAGAUGACUUUGCAAAUAUUCCUGAUCUACAGACCAGCAACAGCCAACAAAACCAAGGCAUGCAGUCAGACAAAAGGUUACCCACUGGAAAUAAACCAGUAAAUACAACCCCAGUGCAAGGGCAGGUCCCUCAGGAUGACUCUGACAGGAGAACAGAACCUCGCUCCUCAGUCUCGGACCUUGUGAAUUCCCUCACAAGUGAGAUGCUGAUGCUAUCACCAGGUUCUGAGGACGACCAUGAGGGAAGCUCACGUGAGAACCUGGGCCGUAUUCAGUUCAGUGUCGGGUACAAUUUCCAGGAGUCCACCUUCACCGUGAAAAUAAUGAAGGCUGUAGAGCUGCCAGCAAAGGAUUUUAGUGGCACCAGUGACCCGUUCGUUAAAAUCUACUUGCUCCCUGACAAAAAACACAAGCUAGAAACUAAGGUGAAAAGAAAGAAUUUAAACCCACAUUGGAACGAGACAUUCCUGUUUGAAGGUUUCCCCUAUGAGAAAGUAGUGCAGCGAGUUCUGUACCUUCAGGUCUUAGAUUACGAUCGUUUCAGUCGAAAUGAUCCCAUCGGAGAGGUGUCAUUACCAUUAAAUAAGGUGGACUUGACACAGACACAGACAUUCUGGAAAGAACUAAAGCCAUGCAGUGAUGGAAGUGGGAGUCGAGGAGAACUUCUCUUGUCAUUGUGUUAUAAUCCAACUGCCAAUACAAUCACUGUGAACAUUAUAAAGGCGAGGAAUUUGAAAGCCAUGGACAUAGGAGGUACAUCAGAUCCAUACGUCAAAGUUUGGCUCAUGUACAAAGACAAGAAAGUGGAGAAGAAGAAGACAGUUGUGAUGAAGAGGUGUUUAAACCCCAUCUUUAAUGAGUCUUUUGUGUUUGACGUACCGACAGAGAUAUUGCGAGAGACGACUAUUAUAAUCACUGUGAUGGAUAAAGACAAGUUGAGCAGAAACGAUGUUAUUGGAAAGAUAUACUUGUCUUGGAAGAGUGGACCCGGAGAAGUCAAGCAUUGGAAGGAUAUGAUUGGGCGGCCACGACAUGCUGUGGCUCAGUGGCAUCAGCUCAAGGCAUGAUUAUUCACCAAAUCAAAACAGAGGGAAAAGCAAGACAUAAGACGAAAAGAAACAUCUGAUUAACCUUGACAUUUUAAGUAUGCACAAUGAAGCACUUGGACUGAAGUCAUGGAUCACUCAGUCAACACUCUGGGAGCCCAGCAGCCAAUCCAUAUGCCAUGGACUGAAUAGCAUUGAGCUGCCAACAACAUUUUUUUAGUCAGGAGGUCAUAUCCACCCAGUGCUUCAACACUCCUCCCCACCCCCCUAAAAACCCCGACAUAUUUUGGUAGUGGCACAAUUCAUUCUCUGUGUCUGAGGAGUCUGUGGCCAGUUGUCACGUGGCUUAGAUUUUAGUUUUUAUUUUCCUGUGACAAAAAAAAGCAUACCGUUCUUCCAGUAGUAAAGGAAGUCGCUGCAUCAAAAAAAAACUUGUACUUUUUUCCGGAAUGAGCUGACAUUUGUAGUGUUCCGGUGCAGGUGUAGAUGCUAGCGGUUCUAAAGACGCCCGUUUCACUUAUCUCAGUCAAAGUAGUGAGGGGGAGGGAAAAACGAGAAAAGCAGGAACUUAAAAUCUGUGCGCGUCUGUGUGUGUGUGUUUGUGUGUCUGUAACUAUAUAAAGUGUGUUUUUGUGCACACAAAAUAAGUACUCAGCCAUGCCCUUAAUGCAUGGGUGAUUUUCUCUGCACUUUUUAAAAUGCACAGUUUGGUUAUGAAAAAUAAGAUAUUAAUGGAUUUUGGAUUUUUAGAGGUGGUUUUUAAGUGGACAAUGUCUGGUUUACACAGUAUUUUAACUUGGUUCUUCUUUAUGCAGGGCUAACAGAACUCCUAUACUGGAACAAGCAAAAACCGCAAAGGAUUUCCAUGCAGAAAAUCCUAUAGUGUUGCAUACAGUAUUGGCCAAAAAUUCCAAAAGACAAUUGAUCUCAAUUUUAAAAUAUUGUAUUAAAAUUCCUAUAAAUUUCCUCUAAAGUAACACCGUAGGUCAUUUCCAUGCAAACCCUGUGCAGUUUUACAUUAUAAUCAGGUAUAUGUAAAAUAAUAUUGUUUUGCAGUAAACAAAAUGGCCAUAAUUGGAUAUUUGGCACAGUUUAAUUGGUGUGGGGGCCUUAAGGGCACUGACCACAGAUCUAGAGUUCUUGAAAAAUAUAGAAUUCCCUUGCCUCAUUUAUUACCUGUUGUCAAAAUGACCUUAUCGCAGUCACUAAUAGGGGUAGAUUUAGAAUGAGACCCAGUUUUGCAACCUAGGGAGCGUGAGACUUGUAUGAUAACAUGAUAUUUAGUAUUACAUCUUAUGAGACCAUAAUGAUUAAUUGCAACUUACGUAUAAAGAAAGAAUGUGUGUCAUUCACAUGAGACAUCAUGUCAGCAUAAUAAAAGUGAAUACUAGGGAAUUACAUGAGGCGCUAGUACAUGGGUCACAGACAUUGGAUUUUCAAUUUAAGCCAUGAUAUUAUAGGGUGAUGACAGACAGAGGGCAAGUCAAGGGAAAGUGGGCAAAUUGGAGACUCUUUGCUCAGCUACUAUUACUGGCCUGCUUACAGAGCAACUUUUCAAACAGUAUGGAAUCUGAAGUAGAGAUUAUCAUUACUCUCUCUCCUUUUUCCAUUCUUUUUUGUGAAUUUUUGUUCUCCAUAACAUGAGUGUUUUAGCGCUGAGGAACGUAAAGUCUUUCAUUGGCAUCGAGGUGCUGGGCAGACAUAGUAUAUCCUCAACUGUACCAAGUAACCACAGCAAAAAAAAAAUGUCCAGAAUUUGUGGAAUCACAUUGGCAUGUUCACUGAGGGAGUCCUUGUUGUGAACUCUGUGAGAUUGCCAAUUUGCUACUCCAAAUUAUAGGAAAUUUUGUGCUAUGAUCUCAUUCCAAUAAGAUAAAGACUGCCUAAACUCGCUUCACAUUGGACCCUUAAGUGAGCAGAUAGGGAAAACUUUUAUCCUAUCACUCUGAACUUUAUUUCAACCCAGGAUCUAUGUUGAAGGGCCAACAUUUAAUUCACUGCAUUACUCAUUUCCCUUUGCUGGACUUUUUUUUAAGUCACUACAUUGACUCACUGGCCAGAAUUCUCCAGCCCCUUGCACCGGUCCCACCGAAGUGAACGGAGAUUUCAAUGACUCGUAGGCUCCGCCACGGGGGACUGGAAAAUUCUGGCCACUCAAUCUAGUUGUGGUUUCAUUAAAUUUGUUAUGAAAGGUUAAGUCUUCUGAUUGCCCAUUCCUGAAAUGGAACCUCAUCUAUCAGAGUGCAUAUUGGGAAAAUGCGAACAUACAAACCAUGAUUUUCCAUUCAUUCUUUAUAAUGGUCAAAAGAUUCGUGAUACAUGUUGAUAUCAAGUUCCUCUAGAUGAAGUUUUGUUUCAGGACUACAAAUGCAGAAAACUUACCCUCUAGCUUCAUAAUGUUAGUUUUCACCUUGCUUUGGGGAAGCUUCAAAUGGUGUUGACCAUCCCAAUCCAUUAAAUUUCCACCCUUCAUAAUCAAAAAAGUACCUCUAUUUUCACUGAAUGCUCUUUAAUACAGGUUAAUACUGUCUAUCAAAGUUCCAGUUAGCAAUCCCACAUCUUCAAUGUGCCAUUUCUGGAUAUGUAAUAGAUUUUAUGUUUAAAAAUAGAUUUUAAUAAAAGGCAGAAAGCUCA